CUGCCUUCUUAUAGAACUCAGGACCACCAGCCUAGGUUCACACACAAUGGGCUAGGAUCUCCCCCAUCAAUCAUUAAUUAAGAAAAUGCUCUCCAGGCUGGCCCACAGCCUGUUUGUAUGGAGGCAUUUUCUUAACUGAGGUUCCCACUUCUCACAUGACUUUAGUUUGGGUCAAGUUGAUAUAAAAUUGUCUAGCACACGGACCUGGACAGAUGGCUCAACAGUUAAGGGCACUGGCUGCUCUUUCAGACGACCGAGGUUCAAAUCCCAGUACCCACAUGGCAGCUCACAACUGUUUGUGAUCCAGCUCAAAGUGAUUUGACACCUUCAUAUAGAUGUAAAUGUAGACAAAACAUCAAUGCAUCCGAAAUAUGAAGAAAUCAUUUAAAAAAUGUCCAGCACACUACCAAAGUCCAACUUGGUGAAGAGGUUGACGACAGCUCAAGAAACUUGGAAACAUGGAGCACACCCAACAGCCUUCAGGCAGCCCAACAGAUUGAAGAGUCGGGCAGGUCAGCUGGUCGAAUCUCUUCGAGUCAACUUGACCGAUCUUGAGAGUAUUCUGGGCAACCCAGCUCAUCCCUGCUUCUUCCACAAAGCUGUGCUGACCCAAGCCUUUUUCGGGCAGCUUGGCAUGGGUGCAGCUUGGCAUGGGUGCCUCGCAGCAGUCCUCGCUGCUUACAUAGCCUAAGUAGGGAGGGGCUUCCAGGAGCCUUUGGGUUGUUCUCGUCCCUAGAACAUCCGGUAUCCCCUCUCCCCCAGCCCCCACCCCGGGUUUUUCGAGCCAGGGUUUGUUUCUCCUCCUCUCAGACGUCCCAUCUUAACGUGGAGGCUUUAGAAUCGGCUGUCUGAAUGUUUUAGUUUGCCUUUUUUAUGAAGUAAAUUCCAUGAGAACAUUGCCCUGCCCUCCGGAGUAUCUUUGCUGCCACAGAGGCGAGUUCUCUUGUACCUAUUACCAUGAGUGUUGUGACCACUCUUAAAACAGGCGCGAGCUUUGGCUCCUGGUCUCCUGAGGGGUAGGGAAGCCGCAGUGUUGCUCCCCCAUGCCCCCCAGGAAAGACCCAGGGCGCUCUCUCUCGGACUGCCCCUUUGAUUUAAAACUUACUUUGCCCAAGUGGCAGAGGAGGGAGUUGCAAGGAUGUGCCCCAGUCCUUCCACACCCUCUGCAGUAACCAACCGAACCCCAGAUGACGGUGCCCAGCCGUCUGCGAUUGACCCGCCCCUCCUCCGGGGCAGACCACGCCUUCCCGAGGCUCCUCCCACGCCGCACGGCCCGAGUCUCCGACCCAGUUCACCUGAACCCCACAAGGGACAUGGUGACCCUGGUGGGGGGUACGACCUGGCAAGACCAAGGGCUUCAUGCUGAACCGAGAGCAAGUCCGGCCGAGCACUCGAGGGCCUCUGCGGUCAGAAACAAGGCGGAGGUGCGCCCGGUGCUGGCAUUAGUUUCAGGCCAGUGAAAAGCUGCUGGGGCUUAGACCGUCAUGGGAGAGGCCAGUAGAGAUGAGUAUAAAAUCCAGUCUUUUGAUGCAGAAACACAGCAGCUGCUGAAGACCGCACUCAAAGAUCCAGGUGCUGUGGACUUGGAGAAAGUGGCCAAUGUGAUUGUGGAUCAUUCUCUGCAGGACUGUGUGUUCAGCAAGGAAGCAGGACGGAUGUGCUACGCCAUCAUCCAGGCAGAGAGUAAGCAAGCAGGCCAGAGUGUCUUCCGCCGUGGGCUCCUUGACAGGCUCCAGCAGGAGUAUCGGGCCCGGGAGCAGCUUCGAGCCCGCUCCCUGCAGAGCUGGGUCUGCUACGUCACCUUCAUCUGCAACAUCUUUGACUACUUGAGGGUGAACAACAUGCCCAUGAUGGCCCUGGUCAACCCUGUCUAUGACUGUCUCUUCCAGCUGGCCCAGCCUGAGAGUCUAAGUCGGGAAGAGGAGGUCGACUGUCUGGUGCUCCAGCUGCACCGGGUUGGGGAGCAGCUGGAGAAGAUGAAUGGGCAGCGCAUGGAUGAGCUCUUUGUCCUAAUCCGGGAUGGCUUCCUGCUCCCAAUAGGCCUCAGCUCCCUGGCCCGGCUGCUGCUGCUGGAGAUCAUUGAGUUCCGGGCAGCUGGCUGGAAAACCACUCCUGCUGCCCAUAAGUAUUACUACAGUGAGGUUUCUGACUGAGCUAGGCUCCACAUGUCUAAGGCUAUGCACACCCUCCUGAGACCCUCCUUUCAAGUUGGCCUCGUAGACCUUUCCAGACUCACCUUCCCUCACUCUGGAGUUGUGGAGACUGCCCUGUCCUUCCUCCAAGUCCUUUCAGCUUCUUUUUCCCACUUCUCCCUGGGCCAGGCAGGGAAAGGCAACUCCUAACAACCACUGAACUGUGUAACCACUGCUGCAAUACUACCUUGGUGCCUCAGUUUCCCCAUCUGUAAAAUGGGCAAUCAUAGCCAUUGGUGGGAUGCCUUGGGAUGUUAAGGGCAGAAAGAGUACAAAUUACAAGAGAAGUAGUGUUUUUUACAUUUUGUACAGACGACUGUGGAGGUAAGCCUGUGUACUCCAGUCAGUUUUCAUGAGUGACGGUGCCUCACCAGGUGGGAGGGAUUUCUAAUAAAUCUUUUCUGAAACCAAA